AUGGGAAGCGUAUCUUUCAGACGUGCUUUCCUGGAAUCAAGGGAAAAAAAUUAUGGAGAAGAUCGUUCUGAAACCGCCGCAGUGUCGGCAGUACCUGUGGAAAAGGUAACAACUGACAAUACUUUGGAUUAUAUAAAGGAACUAUUUUUCCAUUCAAAAAUUAGAGGGAACCUAGAUUGGCCUGGAUUAUGUCUAGAAAAACAACAUGAUUUCAAAUUCUGGGCUAAUGUCACACAUUCACUUGGAAUGUUUAUACUAAAAAGUAUUUUUAAUGCAGAUAUACCUUUCGAAGAUUCAAGGGAAGUAAGACGAAUGACAUUAAUGAGUAGCAGAGAUAUAGGAUUAAUGGGACACGAAAGAAGAACCAGCAACUAUGUCAACGAAUUACAGAUCAGAGUGUCAUUCGUAUUACUAAGUGGAAUGUUAGCAAAUCGUAUACCGGGGUCAUUAAGACUUAUAGCAAGGAGCCAUGGGUACCAAUACUUCGAACACAGAAUCACCACGCUGCUCAAUGAUUUCCCAAAUAUCGAUGCACCCGCGCUGUGCUUCAAUAUCAAUGCUCUAAGGACAUUACUACCAUUCCUACAGGAGACCGCGUCAGUCAAUCUGUCGGCGGUGUGCCAGGGGCUCCUAACGUCAAAGUUCUGGAAAAUCAUGUGGCUAGAUAUAGGGGUAUGCUUGAAAAGACAAAAUGAUACGGAAAAAUCACUAUUGUUCUCAACAUUCCUUGAACUCGCAUCAGAAAUAUGCUAUGGAACAAGAUCGCAAUCACUAUUCAAAAGACUAUAUACAUCAUCCCCAAACUCAUUAUGGGACCCUAUAUUCUUAGUACUCUCAUGGAAAAUAGAACCAAAAGUACUCUGUAGAUUAGUCACAUUCGUCGCUGACUUAUUGCUUAUAAGCUUGCAAGAUGGAUGCUUCGAUCUCAUAGGACAGGACUGCCUGUCAAAACUUAUGCAAUGCGUCGUAAACACAGAAUCCGAGGGGAGAACAUACUUGGAAACAUAUGCCACACAAACUUUGGAUCAACGUAACGAAUUCUAUCAUCAUUACGCACUCAUCGCAGUAGACAUGUUGCAUAACCUUGAUCUAGUAUUACAGGGAGCAUCAGAUAAAUUGUCCAGCGAAAACGUACGGCAGCUAUAUGAGAUCAGCUCCUUGGGAACUGCAAAGAUGACAUUGCCACCAGUUCCAGGAAAUAAUGAAGAUAGCUCUGUCAAAUUUGACUAUUCGGAAACACGCACUUUCCCAAGAGUACUGCCAUGCUUCAAUGGUGAAUGCCGCCAGCUUUUCCACCUAGAUAUGCCGCAGUUACAUGUCCAUGAUGCUGAUCCACAAUUUGCAUAUUGCAAACGAUGUGGAAUACCAAGCUAUUGCAGCAGUUCAUGCGCAAAUACCCAUUGGGAGUCCAGUCAUCGAGAUGUCUGCGGAUUUUUCCGCGUACCACCGACAUUCGCACGGUUCGUCUCACCAAUGACCGUCAACGGCUCUCCUAUCCUCCAGACGCUGGAUAAUAGCUCGGCAAUGACACCGUUUUUUGAUGAUGACGGUAAUGUAGUCACGCUAUACUAG